AUGUCCACGUCGGGGUCUUCCAUCGCCGACGAGGUGGAGCUCCCCGAGGAUCUCAGCGGUUCUGUUGACAUCGAGCACGACGUCGUCGUCUCCGGUGAUGUCGACGCCUCGGAAGGGACCGCCGAGAUGGGCACGGGGGAAGCUGCAGCGGAGGAAACCGCGAGAGAUGCCCGCGACGAAGGUCCGAUGCGCCCCGACCUCAUCGUCGGUCCGCCCCCCGAACCCGACCUGCCGAUAGAAGACGAUACCAGCGUCGGGGAUCGCUCAUCGGAGGAGGAGGCGUACAGCGACGAAUUCUACGAGGAGGACGCGGUCCCCGAGAAGGAGGAGCCCGAGCCCCCCGUCGCGGAACAAUCGGACGCCAGCCAGGGACCCCCGGGUGGGGACGUGACUGUGACGCGUGACGACACCUACGGAGACGACUUCGAGGAGUACGGCGGCGGCGACGAGGACGGCGACGACGACGACGAGCGAUCCACGCCGUCUCCGCUCGCGAGGGACCCGCCGACGUCGCCCGCGUCGCAACCGCUGCGCUCUCUCGGCACCCCCGGGAGUUCCCCCCCCGGCGACGACGAUUCCAGUUCCCCGCGGGAUCGACAACCGAGCCCGAGCCCGACGCCGCGAGACGUCUCGGGGCGCGCGGUCGACGCCAUCGUGGCCGCCGCGGCCGUCGCCACGAACGACGUCGACCGCGACGACGACAACGACGACGACGAUGAAGACUACUCCUGGCGCCUCCCCGCGAGGUCCGCGGCGGUUUUCCUCGGCGCGAGAAGAGGCGUCAUCGAGGUUUGGCGCCCGCGGGAUCCCCGCGGCGCCACGCCCAAGGUCGUGAGUGCCCUGAUGCGGCGCGCGAGGGCCAUCGCGGACAGGCGCGAUAGACGGAAGCGGGCGCUGGCGCGCGGCGUGCCCGAGCUCGAGGAGGACGCGUCGGCGAGGCGCGGGUCGGGUCCCGUCGUCUUGAGCGCCGCCGCAAUGGCUCGACUCGAGACGGAGCGGACAAAGGCGAGGGCGGCGGAGGAGGCGAGGGCGGCGGAGGCGCGGGGGGUGUCGAUGAGGGCGGCGCAGCUCGCGGAGUUGACGCCGGAGAGGCGACGGACGCUGUACCUCGCGAAGGCUGUGCGGAGGAUCCGGGAUACGGCGACGGGCGACGCGGGAAUGAAAAGGAACGAUGCCGCCGGGUCCCCGAGGCUCGAGUUUGGUUUGGGCGUCGCGCGCGGGGCGGGGGACCGAGUGAGCGGAGUGAUGGUGGCAUCGCCGGGGGGGGUAAGGGCGGGUGAGGGUCAUCGCCGAGGUUAG